CUGACUGUGCACGACUUUGCGUCGGCGGUGCAUCCAUGGCUGAUGAAUUUGCGCGAGGAUAUACUGGCUGCCUUGGGGACCGUGUUAGACCACAAACCCUGGCUACCAGAGACGAAGUUGAUGGGUUUUCCCCCCUUAACCGGGGUCUCUGCGGAUACUGACGGAGGAAAAUUGGAAAGCUAUAGGAAAUGGUACCCGCUACACGACCGUUUACCUUCUAUGCACGCACCAUAG